UCAGAUCAAAGUAGAACGUUCACCGGGAACGACCUAAAUUUCGUUUCUCCCAAAACUUCCACAGUACCGGCUCCAAUCCAAAAUCUCCGUCUAGAAAUGUUUCUGGGUAAAAAUUCCACAGCCCUAUGUCCACAGAUCCUGAAAGAGGCCCAGGGUCUGAUGACUUCGGGAGUCUCCCUCAUCAGCCGGCGCCUCAAGCACUCGGAUGGUGAAAGUGACAAGUGUGCCAAGAAGAAGAAGGAUGAGCGAAAGUGCGAGAAGUAUGUGCCCACCAACUCCCUGAAGCCGGAAUGCCUGCCGGUGGAUGCACAGAAGCCCAAGUACUACAAGCAGCUCAAUCCCUGCAAGACCGACAAGGAGCUGGCCGUGCAGCAUCCCAAGUACCUGGGCGUCUGGGGCCGCUGCGAGAUCCCCUACAAGCCGGAGCCCCUGUGCCAGGAUCCCUGUGACCUGGCCGAACGGCUGGACGACAAGUUCUACAAGCCCAGCAAGUCGCUGGAUCGCGAGUUCGACCAGUACUGGGUGGAGUGCUUCUUCCGCAAGCAGAAGCGCUGCUGCCGCAAGGUGGCCCCCGAGCGAACCUACCGCGUGCUAACCCAAAAGUGCGGGGCGGCCCCCAAGAAGAAGCCCUGCCUCACUAUCAACCCCAUGCCGUGCAAGCAGGAGGCCAAGGAGGGACCCUGCCCCAAGUUCUCGCUCUGCGACUGCAAGCCGGCAGCCAUCAAGACCAACUGCCGGGUGGCCCCGCGGAAGAAGAGGUGCCGCCGCCGGGCCUGUCAGUAUCCCAGCUUCUCAGAGUGCCAGCACGAGGAGCUCAACACCACCAGGCCCAUCGAGUGCCGCUGCCUGGAGGUGCCGCCCACCUGCCUCGUCUAUCGCUAUGGUCUCCUGAACCGGCGACUUCCCUGCGAUCCUCCAGAGAAACGAGAUGACUGCAAUUAGUUAAACACUUGACCGGGAGAAGUUUGGAUUCGGUGGCCCUCUCUUGGUGCUGUAAUUCCUGGCAAAAAAAUCACUAGUCCCAUUUGGAGAGUCUCGAAAUUUUGGUGAAAUAAAUUUGAACGUAUGAUCACUAAAAGAAAAA